AUGCCCAGAGCCCAAAAAGGAUUGUUGUUGGUGGAGUGCGACCCAACUGUCAAGCAACUCAUUCUAAACAUUGACGAAAAGUCGCCUGGAAUUGUUAUUGAAGAAAUCGACGACGAACGCCUUCUCGUAAACGAGCAUCGUCUGGAACAAAUCAAGGCCGAGCUCGAGCGUCGUCUGGAGGAAAAUACAUAUCAAAUCGAAGAUUAA